AGAUAGGUUGAAGGGAUUGGGACACAUUCAGGUAUUGUAUUGUUCUCCCUCCAACAAAACCUCUUUUUGGUUUGGCGGUCUUCUCUUCCUCACUGUUGUGGGUCUGAGUCCUCUAAUGGCUUCUUCUCGAGAGCCGUCACCAGACUGGAUCCACAAUUUCCAGGCACCAACAUUUAUCACAUUGUCAUCUCCCUCAGAGUCUGCAGAGGAUAGCCCAAUACGGCGUUCAGUUCCUUGUCUUGAAGAAGAGGUCGAGCUUUCCAGGCCUGAAGCUCAUGAGAGAGAUCAGGAUGCAAUCUCUGUUGAUAGUGAAGAAGAGGCUCCAGAGACCAAGGUUCCAGUGUCGAAAGGUUUAAAAAGCAAAAAGCGCACAAAUAAUCAUAAAAUCCAGGAAGAGGAUGAAGGGGAAGGUGGUCUCAACAAUGCCGAUGAAGAUAUUCCUGAGAAACAAAACGAACAUCGUGUCUCCUCAAGAUUGCCUCUGGUUUUCCCUGAAAAAAUCCAGCGGUCGAAGGUAGCCUAUUGUUCUUAUAUGCAAUUGCAGGUUAAUGCACUCAUUGAGUGUGAAGGUGAAGCUCUAGAUAUGAGUGGAGAUGUUGGUGCUGUUGGGCGAAUAUUAAUUUCAAAUUCUCCUUCUGGGAAACCUGAAAUGCUUUUAGAUUUGAAAGGUACCAUUUAUAAAACAACAAUAGCUCCUUCGAGAACAUUUUGCAUAGUUAGCUUUGGGCAAUCAGUAGCUAAGGUUGAGGCUGUAAUGAAUGACUUCAUUCAGUUGAAGCCACCCUCUAACGUCUUCGAGUCCGAAACAAUGGUUGAAGGUACACUUGAAGGGUUUUCCUUUGCUUCGGAUGAGGAAGGAGACAAUGCCCUGAGGGCAUCUGAUCAUCAGGGCAAUCAAGACAAUGAGAAUGGAGAUCCAGCUGAUUCAAAGACCAAGAAAAAGGCUGAUAAAUCAUCAUUAGGUACUACAAAGCGUAAGAAGGCUAAAACUGCUACUAAGCCAACAAAGAAGGUAGCCAAGAAAUCUACAGUCUCCAAAAAGACAAAGUCUGGUAAGAAAUGAAUAAUUGAUUGUGUAAAGAUGCUUCGGCUUCUCUCAUCUUCCUUUGCAAUGUAUGAGCCAUAAUUUUGAGUGAUUUUGCAUCUCUCGAGUUCCUGAUC